CGCGUAAACGGUGCUUCACAUUCUGCUUCCGGGAUCAUGACUACACGUGCGACUAAAUCCGAAGACUCCACAUUAAAUACGAUCAAAUAACAUUUCAUUAAGCUUUUCAACACAAAUAAGCAAAGAAGGAGGACAGGUAACGCGUCAGGGCUGUUUUCUAAAGUAAAAUUAAUAACUUUGAGGUUUUAGGGGAACGUUUCCAUCAUGGCGCUGUACUUGAAAGCCGCUGAAGUCCUGGAGAAAGCCGAGAGGAAACAGGGCGCGCUGAAAACUCUGGUCUACGACAGUAAAUUCCCGAACAUCAAGCAGCUGUUCGCUCUGGUUUGUGAGACACAGAAGUAUUCCUCCGUCCUGCAGGAGAUCAUCGAGUCCACGAAGCUGCUCAAGCUCACCAAGUGGAAGAUGCCGCUAGCCAAAGUGCUGGUCCACGACCUGUUGAUGGGUCAGGGGCUGAAGUGCGGCGGGCCCUGGAAGUCCGCCAUGAUGAAGCACCGGCCCAGGCUGCAGGCACAGCUGGCUCGCAUGAAGGUGAAGCAGAAAGUCAGCAGGAAUGAAGACCUUCUCCCUGCCAGCGCCCAGCAGUCCGAUGGCGACCAGUUACCCAGGUAUGUGCGUGUGAACACUCUGCAGACCACCGUGGAGGAUGUGGUGGACUACAUGAAGAGGGAUGGUUUCUCCUACCUGGGACAGGCUGUCACGCUGGACAACCUGAACCUGAAGGGGAAGAACUUUGUGAUGGACCUGCACCUACCAGAGCUGUUGGCCUUUUCACCUAAAACAGACUUUCAUGACCACUUCCUGUACAAAUCUGGUCACAUCAUUCUGCAGGACAAAGCCAGCUGCCUUCCAGCCCAUCUCCUCCACCCUCCGCCUGGUAGUCACGUUCUUGACGCCUGUGCUGCUCCUGGCAACAAAACCAGCCAUCUAGCAGCCAUCAUGAGAAACAAAGGCAGGUUGUUCGCCUUCGAUUUGGACGCCAAACGUUUGGCCACUAUGUCGACGCUGCUGCUCAGAGCAGGAGUCACCUGCCAUCAGCUGGCCCACCAGGACUUCUUGAAGGUGGACCCCGACUGCUUACAAUAUAAAGAUGUUGAAUAUAUCCUGCUGGAUCCGUCCUGCAGCGGAUCAGGUAUGGUGUGCCUGCGGGACAACGCCGCUGCUGACCAGGAGAAGGAGAAGGCUCGUCUGACCUCCCUGGCCUCCUUCCAGCUGCGGUGCCUGAACCAUGGCCUCAGGUUUCCCCGCCUGAAGCGACUGGUUUACUCCACCUGCUCCGUUCACACGGAGGAGAACGAAGAAGUCGUAGCUGCCUGUCUGCAGCAGAACCCCAGCUUCAGGUUGGAGCAUCUGCUGCCUCAGUGGCCUGAACGAGGACUGGAACCUCUCUCCCAGUGUUUGCGUGCCAGCACCAGUAAAACCCUCACUCACGGCUUCUUUGUUGCUCUGCUGGAAAAACGCAGUGAGAGCGUGAAGACGGAACCUGUGGUUCAGAAAAGUGACGUGGAGGCGACGCCGACUGAUCUCUGUGUUUGUGAGGGAGAACCUGCAGCUCCGGAGGAAAACUCCGAGGCCUCAGACACGGAGGAGAAACUGACGUGCACAGGAGAGACUGCCGCUUCACCCAACAAGAAGAGUAGGAGGAAGAGAAGGAAGAAAAAGAAGACGAAACAAAAAGCAGAGUGAAAGACUGUGUUGUGUUGCAUAGAGGGAACUCCCUGUUGUUUCCCAACAGGAAUGAGAUGAAUUUAAA